UGAUAUCACCGAAGCACUGGGUUUUCCGCCAUUAUUGAACACUUUCCGUUGUAAAUCUGGUUUGCUCUCAGGUCUUGCGACCAUGCCUCGAAAUAAGAGUUUCCUGGUUGUGGCCGCUUUUGACUUCGGGACAACAUACAGCGGGUAUGCCUAUUCGUACACCCAUGAUAAGACAAAAGUGUGUACCAAUCAAAACUGGUAUUCUGGUGGCGCCUCUUCCAAGCUCGCUUCACUUAAAACGCCAACUAGUGUUCUUCUCGAUGACAAAGGACAGUUCCAUUCUUUCGGAUUCGAGGCGGAGGAUCAUUUUGCGAUGUUAGCAGAAGACCAACUUCAUGCAGGAUGAAGGCUGUUUAGACGUUUUAAAAUGAUGCUUCACACAACCAAGGCUCUCUCCCGCCAUACAAUAGUAGAGGACAUAGAGGGGAAGCCUUACCCUGCCAUGGAUAUAUUCACACUGGCAAUCAAAUACUUACACGGACAUCUGUUAGACACGUUUAAACAAAGAAUACCUGAUAUGAAAGAGACAGACAUUCAGUAUAUUAUAACCGUACCAGCAAUUUGGGAUAUAGCUGCAAAACAGUUCAUGAGAGAGGCUGCGGUCAAGGCGGGAAUCGAUGGCGAACGACUGGAAAUGGCUUAUGAAUCAGAGGUUGCAGCGAUUUGGUGUUCAUGGUUAAACUAUGGUAGCGCGAGUAAAGAAAUGGAAACACCAUCAAAAUACAUGGUCAUAGACCUUGGAGGUGGAACAGCAGAUGUCUCCAUCAUCCAGAAAUUACCGGCAAAUCAUGUUAAAGUGAUACAUAAGGCUAGUGGUGGUGCUUGGGGUGGAAUAUAUGUGGACCAGAACUUCCUAGUAUACUUAGACAACGUUUUAGGAAAAGGCGUUUUGGAAGAAUUACGGAAAUGUCAUAUUCAAGACUAUUUCGAAUUGAUCAGGGAGUUCGAAACUAAAAAGAGAUCAAACACAUUCCAUACAAGCCAAGUUUGUAUAAUGCGGCUUCCGUUUUCAUUAAUGGAAAUUGCCCGAAAGCGAAAUGCUGCCAGUGGAAAGAGUAUCGGGCAAUCAGACAAGUUGCGUAUUAAUCAAUCGGACGUAAAAACUUUAUUUUCGGAACCAGUUUCGAGCCUUAUCGAUCAUAUAAAAGACUUCAGAAAGCUUGAUACUGUAAAUGAUAUAAACACUGUUUUGUUGGUCGGUGGGUGUUCGGAAUCAACUUAUGUUCAACAGAGGCUCAGAGAUGAACUUCCCGGAAUCACUCUGAUUGUUCCUGAAGAUGCAGGGCUUGCGGUUCUUAAAGGAGCGGUGCUGUUUGGACACAAUCCAUCCAUAGUUGCAUCACGUGUAAUGGCGCAUACAUACGGCAUAGCUGUGAAUAAUUAUUUUGAUGAGAAGAAACAUCCAUCUGAGUUAAUAACGCUAUAUAAAGGCAAAUGCUUUGCGAUUAACUGUUUUGAAAUCUAUGUAAAAGUGAACGAGGAGAUCCGCGUGGACCAGGAGGUAGUUCGUUACUUUAAACCUGCGGACAGACAAUCACACAUUGAAGUAUACAGAACCAUGUCAGAUAAGCCGGAAUACACUAUAGAACCCGGUUGUGAGCUGCUUGGUAAAUUGGAGAUCAAUAGCACUGACAGUGUACCGUUAACGGAUCAGAGAAUCGAAGUGCAUUUUAUGUUUGGCCACACUGAGCUGCUUAUUAAGGUUAAAAAUGUGCACACGGGAGAAGAAACGACACUUGCAUUAGAUUGUUUAAAAUAA